AUGUGUGGUAGCGACAAGCAUGUGUGUAUGUUGCCGGAGGGACAUGGUAUGGUGCAUCCAACAGCCACUUUCUUCCAAAGACAGGUGAGUAAAUUCCGCGAGCUAAACCUUCCCUGUGAAUGGCACCACGGGACCGCACUGUUCAUUCGAAGUCUCAAGCGGCUGCGACUGGAGCGCGAACGUCACCUACAGAUCUGUUGGCUCGUUUGGCAUCCCUACAGCCCUAUUAAAUACUACUGGGAUUGUAUACAACUGUUCUUUAUGUUCUUCGCUUUCAUAUACCUCCCGUUCCAGGUGUUUGUGACUUGUCCAGACUAUUACGACAAAUUUAUCCUCUUCACAGACGCAAUCGCAUUUCUGAACUUCUGUUCACGUUUCUUCACUGGUUACGUCGAUAAAGAGAUCAUAGUAUUGGAACCGAAACGUAUCCUCGUCCACUAUCUCAAGACCCAUUUCUUUGUCAACCUGAUCGGAUCGUUACCGCUCCAACUUAUAAGACCGUUCGAUAACUGCUUAUAUCCAACACAUACGGCUAUGUUCGUUUUCAAACUGUUAAGAGUGUUCUCUUUGAGCGAUCCGUGGAAGAACGUCGUUGGUCAAUUUCAGUUGUCGUAUAUCAAUUAUGUGGCUUUAAAAGUGAUGCUCAUAGCAAUAAUGUUCUUUCAUUGGAUGACGUAUAUCCAUCAUCAAAUACCUAAUUUGUGUUAUCAUUUCUACAGUUUAGAUGAUAAAUACUUCGCGAACUGGCUGCAGGAAUUUGGUAUAAAAACGCAUGCCGGUGGGAAUAUUACCACUGGCUUUCAGAAGUAUACGAAGAAUCUUUAUCUCGUUUGUGGGUUGUGUAUAGGUGCUUUGUACUACGCUCCGUUAGACCAACAUUUUGUUGUCGACUUUCUGAUGUCGUCUAGCAUAGGUUUGAUUGGUCUUCUAUUCGUGCCGUAUAUAUUCUGUGCGUUACUACGGCUGACGAUAUACAGGCAGUAUGAUUCGUAUUUAUUCAGAGGCAAGUACAAAGCACUAGAGGAGAACAUGGCCUUUAUGAGAUUACCGUUUCAAUUGCGAAGAAAGAUCCAGUUGUUUAUAAACUAUAGAUUUCAUGAACACUACUUUAACGAAGCAGAAUUACAGAACACGAUUAACGAACAAGUUAAGAAUGAAAUCAACCUGCAUUGCUGCAAGGGGCUGGUCAUGAACGUACCCAUGUUUCAAGAUAUGCCCGUGGCGCUGAUCAACUCCAUUGUGUUCAAUUUGGAAAGGGUGCUGUUUAUGCCUGGUGAGACAAUAGUGAAACACGGAAUUCCUGGAUCGUCCAUAUACUUGAUAUCGUCAGGAACUGUGGCAGUCAUGACUUCAGCUGGCAGAGAGGUGGCGCACCUGCGCGACGGCGCGUUCUUCGGCGAGAGCGCGCUGCUCAGGCCCGGCGCGCUGCGCACCGCCUCCAUCGUGGCGCUAGAGAUCACCGAGAUCUACACGUUGGGCUACAAAGAGUUCACUCAGUGCCUGCAGCCCUACCCGCACCUGAAGCGCAAAAUGGAAGAAAUCACUCUCAACAAACGUACCGCGCUCUUCAAGCAAGCUGAAAGACAUCGACUCCUGAAACGUCACAAUUGA